CAAAUAUAAAAUAUUUACAGAAACAUGGCGUUAGAAUUUGAAAAACUAUCAGAGGAAGAUCUUGCAAGCCACAGAGCCAAAAUCAUCAGCAUUAUUCAGAUUCAACCGACCGAUUCAGACCAGAAGAUUGCUAUCAAGAGGACUGCAGAGCUCCUGGGGGAGGCCCUUUUCAAAGAAGAGGAUCAGAUCAAGUCGUUAGCUGCCGCGGCUGAUAGGACAGAGCAACAGAACGAGUUCUUAGGGAACCUGAGAUUGUCGGCCAAGAAGUUGUCGGAUGGGCUGACUGGACAUCUCAUCAAAAUUCAGGAAGGAGAAGAAGUCUACAUCAAGUACAUGAAAGCGAGCAGGGGAAGUCUAGUAAUUCCGGGUUUAUCUGAGGCAGAGGCCAAAGUCCUAAACGAUUGUAAGAAAGAAGCGGAGGAGGAAAACAGAAAGAGAGACAAGGAAAAGCUCAACGUGAACACAGACUACCAGGCUCAGAAAUGGAAAUAUCCAACCUACGGGAAGUCUCAAUACCAGUACAAGUACUCACCUUACGGAGGACAGAGGAGACCAUUUCAACAGUUCACAAACAUACAACAAACCCUGGUCAACCAGCAACCUCAAAUCCUCCUGCCAUCUCAGACGCAACAGAUCCUUCCAGUUCCCGCUCCUCAGCUCGCGCAGGGUCCGACUCAACAAUUCAUGCAGGUUCCCCAGUUUCAACAGUUUUAUGAUUCACAGAAUCAAGGAGCUGGUACUUCAGGAAUGUCACAGCGGGGGUUUGGAAGAAGGUUCAUUGAUAAGUCCAACACUCAGUGCAUGAAGUGUGAGGCCUGGGGCCACUGGCAUAAAGACGGGUUGUGCAAGCCUGAAGACGUGGCACGAGUAAACUACCAGAGGGCAACUCAGCAGGGAGCUGCAAAUGCCCUCACAUAUCAAGGGAACUAGUGUAAAACUACAAAAGAGAGUUUUUUCUGAUCUUAGAACAGAUCUUGGGGUCCGUUAAUUGCUAAAAAGCUCUUGUUCUUCAAUUUAGUUGCUCAUUUUUUCUUUGUAAUUUUUUUCGCUGAUUAGUGUUGUUUGUCUUAGAGUAGGUCGUCAUAUUUAUAUUUUUCAUUUUCACCUGUACAAAGUUAUACAAAGAUAAAACUGAAAAAUUCAAAUGCAUAGGCGCGAAGUCAGAUAACCUAAAUCUUUGUUAUUCUAUGAAUAGUGAACAAACAACAGUGUUGCCUUUUCCGCCCUUCAAUCAUGCGGGGCCUGACUCCGAUGUCUCACAGAAUCUUAAAACUGGUACUUUAAGACCAGAUAUUUCUGCCUGUAAAUUUCUCAAAAGUUCUCGUGUUUCUAUAUAAUUUUGUUUCUUAUAUGUUAUUAUUUCUCUCUCUGAAAAUUGUUUGGUUGUGUGAUAAUCAUUUUUCUUACUCGCCAGUUACGGUUAUUCCUGUUUACGACUUCAAACAAAGUUUAAAAAUGGAAAAUUCGGACUCACAGGUCUGAAGAUUAACUCUGACUGUAUGUCUCAAAUUGUAAAUAAAUAAAAGAAAGAGAUAUUUG